AUGGCAGAUAUAAACUCAAACUCUACACGUUGUGGUAAAAUAGUAGAUUCAUCCCAACUUGAUCUUGACAUAAAUAGUAAUUCAGUACCACAAUUCGCUUAUUACGUGCCAAAUCAAAAUGAUGACGGGCAUGACACUUCCUUAAGUACUGCAAUGACUUGGUUCCAAGGCUGGUUUGAUGCGAGACGUAAUAAUCCAAACUUUAACACGAACACAUUAUUUGUCAUUGUUUGGGAUGAAGCUGUAAGUGGAGGAUCAAAUCAAGUCGCCUGCGUUCUUUACGGUACUCCAGUCCAUCCACCAUCUAAUCAUCAAGAUAAUACCGCUUAUAAUCAUUAUUCAAUCAUGGCUACUACUGAGAAAAAUUGGAAUUUAGGAAAUUGUAAUAAAGGUGAUGUCACCGCGAAUGCGUUUACUAGGUACCUAGUACAUCCUUAA